AUGGCUCAGGCCCCGGGGCCAGCCCCGGCUGUGGACACACAGGAGGACGAGCGGCCCAAGUGGGACAACAAACUGCAGUACCUGCUGAGCUGUGUGGGCUUCGCCGUGGGGCUCGGCAACAUAUGGAGGUUUCCGUACCUGUGCCAGACCCACGGGGGAGGGGCCUUCCUCAUCCCCUACUUCAUCGCCCUGGUCUUCGAGGGGAUUCCGCUGUUCCACAUCGAGCUCGCCAUUGGCCAGCGCCUGCGCAGGGGCAGCAUGGGGGUGUGGACAGCCAUCUCCCCCUACCUGGGUGGAGUGGGGCUGGGCUGCUUCACCGUGUCCUUUCUGAUCAGCCUGUACUACAACACCAUCCUCACCUGGGUGUUCUGGUACUUUCUCAACUCCUUCCAGCACCCGCUGCCCUGGAGCUCCUGCCCGCCAGACCUCAACCGCACAGGGCUGGUGGAGGAGUGCCGGCACAGCAGCGCCGUGAGCUACUUCUGGUACCGGCAGACGCUGAACGUCACGGCCGAUGUCGCUGACAGUGGCACCAUCCAGUGGCGGCUGCUUGUCUGCUUGUCCACCUGCUGGGCUGUGGUCUACCUGUGCGUCAUCCGAGGCAUCGAGAGCACUGGCAAGGCCAUCUACUUCACCGCCCUCUUCCCAUACCUGGUGCUGACCAUCUUCCUCGUCCGUGGCCUCACGCUGCCCGGCGCCACACAAGGACUUCUCUACCUCUUUACCCCCAAUAUGGAAAGUCUCCAGAACCCACGGGUGUGGCUGGAUGCAGCCACCCAGAUCUUUUUCUCACUGUCCCUGGCCUUUGGUGGACACAUUGCUUUCGCCAGUUACAACCCGCCCAGGAACGACUGUGCAAAGGAUGCAGUGACCAUCUCCCUGGUGAACAGCUUGACCUCAGUGUAUGCCUCCAUCACCAUCUUCUCUGUCAUGGGCUUCAAGGCCACCAACGACCACAGGCAGUGCCUGGACAGGAACAUCCUCGGCCUGAUCAAUGGGUUUGACCUCCCGGAGCAGAGCAUCUCCAGGGCCAACUACACAGCCGUCCUCACGCACCUCAAUGCCACGCAGCCAGAGAGGUUGGCUCAGCUGCCCCUCAGCACCUGCCACCUGGAGGACUUCCUGGACAAGAGUGCCUCAGGCCCCGGCCUGGCCUUCAUCGUGUUCGCCGAGGCGGCACUGCACAUGCCCGGGGCGCCAGUGUGGGCUGUGCUCUUCUUCGGGAUGCUCUUCACCCUGGGGCUGUCAUCCAUGUUCGGCAACAUGGAAAGCAUCGUCACGCCGCUCCUGGACAUGGGGUUGCUGCCCAGAGGGGUCCCCAAGGAGGCUCUCACUGGCCUGGCCUGCCUGGCCUGCCUGCUGGCCUCCACCUGCUUCACGCUGCAGUCGGGAAGCUACUGGCUGGAGGUCUUCGACAGCUAUGUGGCCUCCCUCAAUCUCAUCGUCUUCGCCUUCUUCGAGGUGGUGGGGGUCGUGUACGUCUACGGCCUGUGGCGCUUCUGUGAGGACAUCACUUGGAUGACGGGGCGGCGGCCGGGCCUCUACUGGCGGGCCUCUUGGCUGGUGAUAAGCCCCCUGCUUCUGUUCAGCAUCUUUCUGGCCUACCUCAUUCUCCUGGCCCAGAGGCCGCCAAGCUACCGAGCCUGGAACCCCCACUACGAGCAGUUUCCCACCCGCCAGGAGAAGCUGUAUCCCGACUGGGUGCAGGCCACCUGCGCGCUCCUCUGCUUGUUGCCGGCACUGUGGAUCCCGGGUGUUGCACUGGUCCAGCUGUUGGCCAGGGCCAAGAGGAGGUGGAAGGCCACAUGGCCGGAAGGGGCCUGA